AUGCUACUCGAGAAGAUAACAGUCGAAUUGAUACCUACCAGAUCGCAUUGCACUACCUUUUAUAGACCCAUUUUGAUGCUUGGGGUAAUGAUGGCUGGGCUGCAGAGUAUGGUCACUGGAAGGUCAGAAGGCUUUCUUAAAACUAAAAGUUGCCAAGACAAAUCGACCAUCUGGGUUGAGUUCAGAUACUUUGGGCUGAGAAAUCUGGUUGAUAUCCUAUCUGCCUUUAUCUUUGUGCAGAUGCAGAGAGCGCUGGGUUGGUGCCAUUUUAUCGAAAAAGCUGCGGUAUCCAUGGGGAGCCCAGUAUUCUCUGGCCCAAAUGCCUCUCGAUGUUUCAAUGCUUUACAGAAUUCAAUUGUAAUCUCAGUUUCUCCUCAUUAUUUGAUAAGUGUGGUAUAA